AAAUAAAGGGCCCUUUUUCAAGCGUACGCCAUUGCUGGCGUAUGGUAGUGUAAUAUAUUGAAAGGAAAAUCAAAAACCAUCCAAUAUGGUGAAUUUCACAGUAGACGAGAUCAGGACGAUGAUGGACAAGAAGCGGAACAUCCGCAACAUGUCCGUCAUCGCCCACGUCGAUCAUGGAAAGUCCACGUUGACGGACUCGCUCGUCUCCAAAGCCGGUAUUAUUGCCAAUGCCAGAGCCGGCGAAACCCGUUUCACCGACACCCGCAAGGAUGAGCAAGAUCGAUGCAUCACCAUCAAAUCCACUGCUAUCUCUAUGUUCUUUGAACUGGAAGACAAGGAUCUGAUCUUCAUCACAAACCCUGACCAAUGUGAGAAAAAUCAAAAGGGUUUCUUAAUUAACCUUAUUGAUUCACCUGGCCACGUCGACUUCUCGUCUGAAGUAACAGCUGCUCUCCGUGUAACUGAUGGUGCUCUAGUGGUUGUAGAUUGUGUUUCUGGUGUGUGUGUACAAACUGAGACUGUAUUGCGUCAGGCCAUCGCCGAACGUAUUAAGCCUAUUCUAUUCAUGAACAAGAUGGACCGUGCCCUGCUUGAACUCCAGCUUGAAUCUGAAGAACUGUACCAGACAUUCCAACGUAUUGUUGAAAAUGUAAACGUUAUUAUUGCUACCUACAAUGAUGACGGUGGCCCAAUGGGUGAGGUGCGUGUCGACCCCAGCAAGGGAUCUGUGGGCUUUGGUUCUGGUCUUCAUGGCUGGGCCUUUACCCUAAAGCAAUUUUCAGAAAUGUACGCUGACAAGUUCAAGAUCGACCUUGUCAAGCUUAUGAACAGGCUAUGGGGAGAGAACUUCUUCAAUGCCAAUACUAAGAAGUGGUCAAAACAGAAGGAUGCUGACAACAAGCGUUCCUUCUGUAUGUAUGUGCUGGACCCCAUCUACAAGGUGUUUGAUGCCAUCAUGAACUUCCGCAAGGAAGAGAUCGAUGGCCUUCUGAAGAAACUUAACAUUGCUAUCAAGCAUGAAGAUGCUGACAAGGAUGGCAAAGCUCUACUUAAGGUGGUGAUGAGGAGCUGGCUGCCAGCUGGUGAAGCUCUUCUUCAGAUGAUUGCUAUCCACUUGCCAUCACCUGUGGUUGCACAGAAAUAUCGUAUGGAGAUGCUCUACGAAGGCCCUCUUGAUGAUGAGGCUGCCAUUGGCAUCAAGAACUGUGACCCCGAAGCGCCUCUCAUGAUGUAUAUAAGCAAAAUGGUACCAACCUCUGACAAGGGCCGUUUCUACGCCUUCGGACGUGUGUUCUCUGGAAAGGUCGUCACUGGACAGAAGGCCCGUAUCAUGGGACCGAACUACCAGCCUGGCAAGAAAGAUGAUAUGUAUGAGAAGACCAUCCAGCGUACAAUUCUCAUGAUGGGACGUUAUGUAGAAGCAAUUGAAGAUGUGCCCUCUGGUAACAUCUGUGGUCUGGUUGGUGUUGACCAGUUCCUGGUGAAGACUGGUACCAUUACUACAUACAAGAAUGCACACAACAUGAAGGUCAUGAAAUUCAGUGUGUCGCCUGUUGUGCGUGUUGCUGUCGAGCCCAAGAACCCGGCUGAUCUGCCGAAACUGGUGGAAGGUCUUAAGCGUUUGGCCAAAUCUGACCCUAUGGUACAGUGUAUCAGUGAAGAGUCUGGAGAGUACAUCGUCGCUGGAGCUGGAGAGCUGCAUCUUGAAAUCUGUCUUAAGGACUUGGAAGAAGACCAUGCCUGCAUUCCCAUCAAGAAAUCUGACCCUGUGGUGUCAUACCGUGAGACUGUCAAUGAGGAAUCUGAUCAGAUGUGUCUGUCCAAGUCACCCAACAAGCACAACCGUCUGUUCAUGAAGGCUCAACCCAUGCCUGAUGGUCUGCCUGAGGAUAUUGAUGAGGGUCGUGUGAACCCACGUGACGACUUCAAGACCCGUGCCCGUUACCUCGGCGAGAAGUACCAAUAUGACGUAACUGAAGCCCGUAAAAUCUGGUGUUUCGGUCCUGAAGACACUGGCCCUAACAUUCUUGUAGACUGCACAAAGGGAGUACAGUAUCUUAACGAGAUUAAGGAUUCUGUAGUGGCUGGCUUCCAGUGGGCUACUAAGGAAGGUGUCAUGGCAGAAGAGAACUUGAGAGGUGUCCGCUUCAACAUAUAUGAUGUUACCUUACAUACUGAUGCUAUCCACAGAGGUGGUGGCCAAAUCAUUCCAACUACGAGGAGAUGUCUAUAUGCCUGUCUGUUGACUGCCAAGCCCAGGAUCAUGGAGCCUGUCUACCUAUGUGAGAUUCAGUGUCCCGAAGUUGCCGUCGGAGGUAUCUACGGUGUGCUGAACAGACGUCGUGGUCACGUGUUCGAGGAGUCUCAAGUUGCGGGAACCCCCAUGUUUGUCGUCAAGGCUUAUUUACCUGUCAACGAGUCGUUCGGAUUCACGGCUGAUCUGCGUUCCAACACUGGAGGACAAGCUUUCCCGCAGUGUGUGUUCGAUCACUGGCAAGUUCUGCCUGGUGACCCAUGCGAGCCUGGUAGCAAACCUUACGUGGUCGUUCAGGAUACAAGGAAAAGGAAAGGACUGAAGGAGGGUCUCCCAGACCUAAGUCAAUACUUGGACAAAUUGUAAACGCCGUAGCUAAUGCAAUCCAUACUGUAAUAUAUGUAACAUUACCAAGCGCAUCACUGCACUGCAAUUUAUUUUAUCAUACUAUUACUUUCCAUAUAUACAAAACGUUGUUUGCCUCAUUCAGUUUGUAAGUGCCACGGGAGACAUGUUUCAAAACUUUCAAUAAAUUAUUGAUAGAAGAUAUGCAUUGUUAAUAUUUACCAUAUGUGAUACUAGACUUAAAGGUAGUAUCGCAGUUUAUAAAACGAUAUUAAAAUCCCUUCACUAUGUUAAACAUUGUCAUAAUAUGUAGUUGGGAACCUGGACAUCUUUAAUUAUACUGUAAUUAUUUUUAAAUUAUAAUUUUUUUAUUGUAAAUUAUUGUAGUUUAAUUUAUUAAUACAGUAGGAAAAUAGAUACUAAUUUUAUAGGUGAGUUGUUUUAAUUUGUUGCUUUUUAUAAUACUGCUUGAUAUGUAGCUUAAAAUAUUAAAUUGUUUUAAAAUAACUUUGAAAGCAAAUGUAGUUGUAGUCAAGCACUGGCUUCUGUAAUCAAUAAGAAAGCUGUUUGUUAGUUUAUUACAAAACAUGUUAUUUACAUUGUUUUUCUGUUACAGUUUCCUAUGUAUUGCAGCUAUGUAUCCUGUCCUCUUUAAAGAUGCCUCUAAACCUCCACCUAGAGAUGGGCGUUGUUUAAUGCAAGGUUAUUCCAAGCCUCCUCUGCAGAUUUGAAGGAUGAAGUAAUCAAAUAUUUACGAAGGUUUUGAAUUAAGUCACUUGUUCUAUGCGUGACCACAAAAACAAUGACUGUCCAAAUAGAUCCAGAGGCAGUUCCAGGACGAGGAGAAACCAGGUUCCAAGAAAUUAAAAUAAUGCUUAAAAUGUUAAAAAUUGUUCAUUAAAUAAUAGUAC